AAAUGCAGGCAGCCCGCCAUCCUCGCUCCACUCUGCUCAGCUCCCCACUCCGCUGCCCACUCUCUGCUUCACUCCUGUCUCCUCUCAGCUCGGCCCCGCAACUCCUGGCUUCCCUGGGGGCUUCGCUCCCCACUCGGCUCUACUCUCCAGCCCUCUCCCUCUGGCCAGCCUAGCGGGGAACCGCCAUCUGCCUCCGCGAUGGGCCUUCAGCUCUACCUGAACCUGCUGUCCCAGCCCUGCCGUGCCGUCUACAUCUUCGCCAAGAAGAACCGCAUCCCCUUCGAGUUGAAAACGUUGGAUUAUUUGUCCGGGCAGCACCUAAGUGAGGAUUUUGGCCGAGUGAAUUCUCUGAAGAGGCUGCCUGCCCUGAAGGACGGAGACUUCACCCUGGCAGAAGGCUUGGCCAUCCUGCUCUACCUGAGCCGCAAGUACAACACGGCGGACCACUGGUACCCGUCGGACCUGCAGGCCCGCGCCCGCGUAGACGAGUACCUGUCCUGGCACUUCGACUCCGUCCGUGGCACCUUCGGGACCCUGCUGUGGAUUCGGGUGCUGGCCCCCCUCAUCGACAUCCACCUCCCCGAGGAAGCCGAAACAAGGAACUUACAAGACCAGGCCAAGGCCCUGCAGCACCUGGAGGAGAAAUUCCUCCAGGACCGGGAUUUCAUCGCCGGGGACCACAUCUCCCUGGCCGACCUGAUGGCCAUAGUCGAGCUCAUGCAGCCUGUGAGCGCCGGCCAUGACUUGUUCGAGGGCCGGCCCAAGCUGGCGGCGUGGCGUGGCCGGGUGGAAGCGGCCCUGGGCCGGGAGCUGUUCCAGGAGGCCCACGCGUCCAUCCUGCCGGCCAAGGAUGUGCGCGGCUGCCAGAUCCCCCCGGCCAUGCGGGACAGGAUGCUCAUACGAAUCCGCAAGAUCGUCUAGGAGCCCCGGGGACCCCAGAGCUCGGGCACAUGGGGUCGGGCCCUGCCGGAGCCGGAACCCUGCAUCACUCUUGGGUGGAGGGAAGGGGAAGGAAUAAAA